AUGAAAUAUCAUUCUGAAUUACCAACUUUGGACGAAUUUAUGAAUUUCUUGAAAGACAAAUCUGACAUUUUACAAUGUUUGGACGAGUCUCAACAAUCAACUAAAUCCAUAGGCAAUUUAAGUCAUGAUAAACAAAAUUGUAAAUACGGCAAAUGUACAAUAUGCAAAAGGAAGCACAAUACACUGAUUCACAAACAAUAUAAUGUAGUACCCCCGGCAAAUAAUCCUUCUAAUGAACCAACAACUUCGAUGAAUGUAGUUGUAAACCACAAUAAUUCAAACACGAUUUUAAAAGCGGAAACUUUCGCCAAUUCACUGUUAUCUACCGUCUCAUGUCAAAUUAAAGACAACCAAGGCAAUUUUCAUCAAAUAAGAGCACUGCUGGAUUGUGGAGCUCAAUCCAAUAUAAUAACUGAAAGAAGAAACGAAUAUUACAACACAUUAAAGAUACCGGAACAUGUUCAAUUAUCUGAUCCCAGUUUUGGAUGUCUACAAGAAGUCGAUUUAUUGUUGGGCGCCAAUAUAUUUUGGGAUUUGUUAUUAAACGAAAAAAUAAAAUUGGGAAAUAAUAUGUUAGUUAACACUGUAUUUGGAUGGAUAGUAACAGGUGCGCUUCCAAUUGAUAAUAAUAAAACAAUCAUGUGUAACCUUUCAAGUCAUAUUCCUGAAUAUGACCAGUUGAAGAAAUUCUGGGAAAUUGAAGAAAUAAAAGGUAGUAAUCAAUUUUUAUCUCAAGACGAUAUUGUGUGUGAGUCUUUAUUUAACGGAAAUACUUUCCGCAUAGAAAACGGUCAGUUUGUAGUAAAAUUCCCGUUAAAACAAUCCCCAGAACUAUUGGGCAGGUCUAAACCCGAAGCAAUUAGAAGAUUUAAGACAUUAGAAAAACGGUUCACGGAUGUUCAAUUUAAACAAUUAUACACCGAUUUUAUUCAAGAAUAUGAAACUUUAGGUCAUAUGACUAAAUUAACUAUUGAACCCGAUGGAAUUAAAUACUUUUUACCACAUCAUGGUAUUUUAAAAGAAAUGAGUACGACAACUCGUUUACGCGUAGUUUUUGAUGGAAGCUUUUCCGCAGACAUAUCAAAAAUGUAUCGUCAAAUUCUCAUAGAUCGAGAGCAUAGACCUUUACAACAGAUACUAUGGCGUGAUAACCCCAAAAGUAACUUUUGCACUUAUCACUUGAAUACAGUUACAUAUGGAACUCGAUCAGCUCCAUAUCUGGCUAUCAAGUGUAUUAAGACGCUAGCGGAACACAAUAUGAAUCAAUACCCCAAAGCCUGUGAAACAAUACUAAAGGACAUGUACGUGGACGAUUUGUUGACCGGUUCUAACGAUUUAAUAGAAUUACAAAAAUUAUGCAAAGACAUAUAUGAUUUCUUAUCAUCCGCUAAUUUCAUUUUAAGAAAGUGGAUUUCUAAUAAUUUUCAAGUAGUUUGUGGCUUCAAAGAUAACAAUAUCUCAAAUGCAAUUUUAGAUAUAGGUGAUAAAGAAAGUUGUAAAACUUUGGGAAUCCAAUGGGACAAUAGAAAUGACAUUCUAAAAUAUACAAUUAAACAAUUUACCCAUCGAAACACAAUUACUAAACGUCACAUUCUUUCAAUUUUUGCUCAAAUUUACGAUCCUUUAGGGUUAUUGAGCCUUUCAAUAGUUAUUGCAAAAUUAAUAAUACAGAAAUUAUGGUCCCUACACAUUAGAUGGGAUGAGCCUAUUCCACAAGAUAUAGAACAAACUUGGUAUCGAUUUCAGAAUGAACUUGGCAGUUUAAAUCAAUUAUCUAUUCCUAGAAAUGCUAUUUAUUUAAACUAUGUACUUACAGAUGUCCAUUGCUUCUGCGAUGCAACGAGAGAUGCAUAUUCAUGUUGCAUAUACUUACGUAGUGUUGACGAUAGCUGA